AUGGUCAUUUUCAACAUCGCAUACACGGCGCCGAUCAACCCCGCUGGCGCCGCACCCGUCCUUUCGCAACCCCAGGUUUGGGCCGGGCUAGAGCGCAAGGUUCGUCGCGCCCAGGAAUUCGUGCCUGUAAUCAAAUCAUGCGACGUAGUAUCUGAGAAGCAGACCGCCAAGGGGCUUGUCGUUGUCCGCGACGUCCAGUUCACAUUUGCAGGGCCCAAGGGGGGGGAUGUGACGCCUAUACGGGAGGUCUGUACGCACUUUGCGCCUUGCCGGAUCGACUUUGAGCAGGAGAACGGUAGCUUUGUUAGCAAUAUCGUAAGCAAGGGUCCGGAUGGCGAAUUGCUCAUGACGUACUCUUUCGUCUGGAUCGAUGAGAGCCUGCAGGAAGGUUCUCCUGAGGUGGAGAAGGUCGAAAACGAGCACUGGCAGAGGGCAAAGAUGGCAGUCGAGGGCAGCAUCAAUACCAUCCGCCGCUUGGUCAAGGACAGUGUUCUUCAGUGA